AUGGCCUUAUAUAUAUUUACAGUGUCAUCGCUGCAGUGCUACCAAUGUCUAAUCAACCCUCCACCAGGACAAUACUAUAACACGACCAAACGGUUGUGCAGUCACUUUGACCAUUCAGAUACAUUUGUCGUGGAAUGUCCCUUUUCUACUAUGUGUAUGAAGCAGGAAUUCUAUUUGGACAUUCAAAAUGGAGUUCGAAUAUCAGCGGUCCUGCGUGAUUGUGCACCUCAAAAGCACGCGUAUCACGACAUCGAGAACGGCAGGUGGUUCCCAAAGACUGAGGUUCUGGAACCUUACAGCGAAGGAUGCACAGAUAUCGACAAUGACAAAGGAGAGAGAACAACUCCCACGAGUUUCUGCUACUGCAGACAGAAUCUGUGCAACACAUCACCUAAUACCAGCCACGAAGGCUACACGGACAUUAUGGGUGUCAUAAUGGUGUUCAAUUUGAUGAAAUUCAUAAACAGUCUUAGAUAG